UCUAGCGCAGAGCCUUUCUUCCCAGACCCGCGACGCAGUCGCUCCCCGAUACCUGCUCAGCCUCACGCGGCAUCUGAAGGUCUGGCCUGCCGCGGAACAGUUGCGUCUCCAUCUGGCUGCCAACCCAUCCAAGCUUUCUUCUCCUCCACCACCACCACCACCUUCCCUCCUUCCCCCCUCCUCCCCCUCCUUUCCGUCUUCCCUCUCCACCCCCGCCCCCAAUCUCCUCCUCUUUUUCUCACUACAAGCGGUUGCUGAUGCUGAAGCCGAGCGUCACUUCGGCUCUCACGGCAGACAUGGCGACAUUGACAGUGGUCCAGCCGCUUACUCUGGACAGAGAUGUUGCCAGAGCAAUUGAAUUACUGGAAAAACUACAGGAAUCUGGAGAAGUACCAGUGCACAAGCUACAGUCCCUUAAAAAAGUGCUUCAGAGUGAGUUUUGUACUGCUAUCCGAGAGGUAUAUCAAUACAUGCAUGAAACGAUAACUGUUAAUGGCUGUCCCGAAUUCCGUGCCAGGGCGACAGCAAAGGCAACAGUUGCAGCUUUUGCAGCUAGUGAAGGCCACUCCCACCCUCGGGUAGUUGAACUGCCAAAGACUGAUGAAGGCCUUGGUUUUAACGUGAUGGGAGGAAAGGAGCAAAAUUCCCCCAUUUAUAUCUCUCGCAUCAUUCCUGGAGGGGUGGCUGAAAGACAUGGAGGCCUCAAAAGAGGAGACCAGCUGCUAUCAGUGAACGGAGUGAGCGUGGAAGGAGAACACCACGAGAAAGCUGUGGAACUACUCAAGGCUGCUAAGGACAGCGUCAAGCUGGUGGUUCGAUACACCCCGAAAGUCCUGGAAGAAAUGGAGGCUCGCUUUGAAAAGCUACGGACAGCCCGGCGCCGGCAGCAGCAGCAAUUGCUAAUUCAGCAGCAACAACAACAGCAGCAGCAACAGACACAGCAAAACCACAUGUCAUAGGUCCUUGAAGAAAAGCUACUUGAUCAAACAUCUGAGAGUCACAAAUUUGAAACCGUGCUUCUGAAUCCCAGCACAUAGUAAAAAGAAAAGACAACACUGAUAAUUAUACCAGUCAAGAAGCUGUGAACACUGUGGUGUAUAAAUUCUUUACCAAGGCAACUCGACACCUUCUUUCUCUGGGCCUGAACCUCUGCUGCUCAAGGCUCUUUACACACACAGACCUUCCAUUCACUGUAGUGGGAAUUCUCCGUGUGUCAACGGAGAGGUUUUCCAGCCUGCAGACUGAAACAGUCUAAGAAUAAAGUCCAUGACUUU